AUGCAUUUUGGUGAAUUGCACAAAAAGGAUCCAAAAGGAUUAGUUUUGAAGAGUGUGGAUGCUGAAGAGUAUCUAAUGCUCAUGGCAGAAAUUCACCAAGGGUUAUGUGGUGCUCAUCAAAAUGGCUUGAAAAUGAGAUGGUUGUUGCACGAACAUGGUUUCUAUUGGCAUACUAUGAGAAAUGAUUGUAUAGAUUAUGCAAAAAGUUAUAAAAGAUGUCAGAAGUUUGUACCUAUAAGUACGGUACCAGCCUCAGAACUGAAGUACAUUCUUAAACCUUGGUCUUUCGGAGUAUGGGAAGUAGAUGUCAUAGGAGAAAUUAAUCCUGAAUCCUCUAAGAAGCAUUCAUACAUCGUAGUGGUAACUAAUUACUUCACCAAAUGGGUGGAGGCCCAGGCUUUCAAAAAGAUCAAUACUCAGGUUGUAAUAAAUUUCUUGGAAGAAAAAAUCUUUACAAUAAGAUCACAAUAUUCAGAAACCCUGACUUGUUGGACUAUCUUAAUCAAUAUAGGAUUACUAAUUAAGAUGCAUUCAACACCUUACUAUGCUCAGGCAAAUGUGAACGUAAGGUCAUCUAAGGUAGUCCAACAAAUGGUAUUUUCAGGAGAUGACUAUUCACAAGCAAUGAAUAUUGAAGUUAUGGAUGCUCUAGAAGCUAAGGAAGAAGCUUUGGCCAAAAUGAGAAUCCAAAAAGAAACGAUUGCUAGGGCUUACAACAAAAAAGUAGUGGCUAAAGACUUCCAGGAGAAUGAUAAAGUCUAG